UGAUAAAAUAGUAUUUUUCACCGUAUAAUAUUUAAGUAAAUAUAUUUUGGACAUUUUAGGAAAAUAAGAGGGAAAAUGAAAGAGGACAGUUUUGAAGAAAGACAAGAAAAAGAAACCUCCGUUUAGAAAAGUUCCAUGUUGAGCGUCAUUUCCGUGUGAGAUCACCGUGUUCGCUCCUUGCUCUGUGUGAGUCUGUAGAUGUGAAAGAUUUGAAAGUUUGAUAAAGAGGAGAGCGCGGCUCUUUUCUCCUUUUCUUUGGGACGUGAACAAAGAUGCGCGCACCAGAGGGCUCUCAGUGCACAAGCCUUUGGAGUUCUCACUCUGAGCACGUUUCUGGUGUGACAAGGGAAAGAAACGAGACGAAAGAAUGCAGAGCCGGAGUGAAUCAUCUUGACAGUUGACGAUCUACGGUGGUAGGCGCAGAACAUCCUGCUUCCUGUCUGCUGCCAUGGCAACACAUCACAACAACAGCCAGAGCCGAGAGGCUGCAGGAAGAAAACCUGAAGCUGGAGAUUGUUUUCUGGUUUGUUAAGUUUUCUUAUCCAUUCAGAAAGAAUGAGUCAGCGACAGAUCAUUCAAGCAUUCGAGCAGUAUCAGAAAUCAAGGUUGCAGUUUGUGCAAACUGUUGCUGAUUUGGCAUCCAGACCCCAAAAUAUAGAAGUCCUUCACAAUGCAGGUGUGAUGUCCAUGCUGCGUCCGCUGAUGUUGGACGUGGUCCCCAGCAUCCAGCAGACAGCAGCUUUAGCUCUGGGCCGUCUGGCUGACCACAGCGAUGAGCUGGCAGAGGCCGUGGUGAGGGAAGACAUCCUUCCACAGCUGGUCCACUCUUUGGGCUCACAGAACCUUGUGUGUUUGCUUGUACAGCGCUUCUACAAAAAGGCUGCAGCGUUUGUGCUUCGUGCGGUGUCCAAACACUCUCCAGCCCUGGCCCAGGCUGUGGUGUCCUGCGGCGGAGUGGAUGCUCUGGUCCUCUGUCUGGAGGAGUUCGACCCCGGGGUGAAGGAGGCCGCAGCCUGGGCUCUGGGCUUCAUCGCACGGCACGACGCACUGUUAGCACAGUCCGUCGUGGACGCGGGCGCGGUCCCGCUGCUGCUCAUGUGUCUGCGGGAGCCUGAAAUUGCCCUCAAACGCAUCGCCUCCUCCACCAUUAGCGACAUCUGCAAACACGCGCCCGAACUGGCGCAGACGGUGGUGGACACUGGAGGAGUCGCUCACAUGGCGCAGAUGAUCCUCAACCCUGACACAAAACUCAAGAGGCAGGUCUUCUCAGCUCUAAGUCAGAUCAGCAAACACUCAGUGAGUCUGGCAGAGAUGGUGAUCGAAGCCGAGAUCUUUCCUGCUGCGGUGGCCUGUCUGAAAGAUCCAGAUGACUACGUCAGGAAGAAUGUCACCACUCUGAUGAGGGAGGUGGUCAAACACACACCGGAGCUGUCUCUACUGAUAGUAAACUGUGGUGGCAUGGCAGCAGUAAUAGAUUAUCUGGGCGAGUGCCAGGGCAGCCUGCGUCUGCCAGGGAUCAUGAUGCUGGGAUAUGUGGCAGCUCACAGUGAGAGUCUGGCCAUGGCUGUCAUCAUCUCCAGGGGGGUGCCCCAGUUGGCCCUCUGUCUCUCUGAGGAGCCUGAACAUCACUUGAAGGCGGCCGCUGUCUGGUCGAUCGGUCAGAUUGGACAUCACACACCUGAACACGCCAAGGCCGUGGCCACUGCUGGUCUGCUUCCCAGACUGCUGCAGCUCUACAUGGACGCCAGCAGCUCAGAGGAUCUGCAGGUCAAAAGUAAAAAAGCUCUGAAGGGUAUCCUACAGAAAUGCACUGACCUGCCAACUUUGCAGCCACUCCUCUACGACGCUCCCAGUAACAUCCUCAAACACGUGGUGUGCCAGUUUAGCAAAGUGCUGCCCCAUGACAGUAAGGCUCGGCGUUCCUUCGUGACCAGUGGAGGUCUGGCCAAGGUGCAGGAGAUCAAAGCCGAGCCUGGCUCUCGUCUGCAGGAGUACAUCAACACCAUCAACAGCUGUUUCCCAGAGGAGAUAGUCAGGUACUACUCCCCUGGUUACUCAGAGGUGUUAUUGGAGAGACUGGAGAAAUUUGAGCCUGACACCUUCAAGUCUUAAUGAAACUUACGGACCUCAGAGAAGACAAUAAACACAACACUAAUAUUUUUGCUAGG